AUGCCUCUUGCAGGUGCCGAUAUGAACAGAAAGCGGCCAAUUGAGGGAGGAGCAGACAAUACCCGACUCCGAAAGAGAAGAUCGCAAGGAUUCACUGCUCCGUCCUCGAACUCCGCCUCUACCGGAGAGUUCGAACUUCCGGCGCUGAUCAGUCUCGCUGAUGCAUCGAGAAGGUACGACGAGUGGAAGGGUGACAUUGGAGAUGGUGUCUGUAGGACCUUAACAGGAGGCGGCGCCUAUUUUCCGACAAAUUACAAGCUUUUUCUUAAGCACCCCGCUCCGUGGCUAUGUCCUCUUGUCAACUGUAGAAAGUCUUUCGCCCAAUGUAGUAGUCUGGGACAUCACUUCUCGAAAGCUCAUCGCGGAUUGAAACUCUACGAUGAGGCAGAGAGGGGCCUCUUUCACCCCCAAGGCAUGAGAAUCAAGCCAGACAAGGACGGAAAACUUCGACCAAUUGUUGUCGCGAGAGGAUUUGGCGCUCCAGAUGAUGAUCAACAGGCCCCGGCCGCGCUUGCAGCCAACCGUCCCGCCACUGCCAAUUCCGCGCCGGUCCGACCUCUCUCUACCCAGGUUGCUUCAGCAGCCGCUCCCACUCCCACUACUGCUCGCGCCGUCAAUAAUUCUGCCUCGACGCCCACCACAUCCGCACAAGCCACCAAUUCAUUGACUCACGAUAUCAUCGACAUCGUUAGCGAUGACGAGGACGUGCAGCUGGUCCUUAACCAAACCCUUUUCAGAAAACCCACUACUCAAGGCUCGACUCAGCGGAAACAGCCAAGAGCAGGGGACAACAAUGGCGGCGCUGGUAGGAGCUCGUUAGACGACCUCGUCCACGAUCUUAUUCCUGACCUCGAAACUGACUUUUUCGAGACAUUCGACAACUUCGAAUUCGAGGUUGAUGAUUCCCAGCCGGCCGGGGGCGCACAGCAAACGAAGAAUAUCCUUGCAAGUUCGAAGCGUGAGAGGGGAAUCCAGAGUUCCAAGAAAGCCUCUCUCGAGAUAAACAAGGAAGCCAAUGUGCAGUUGCCAAAGCUAGUCUCCUUUGGACUGGAUUGCAACGUUGACAGGCCGUGCCCCAAAAGCACCUCUUCCAAACCACACCAGGACGGCAAUUCACAACGCCCGAAGAAUGUCUUAUCCAAGCCGAACCAGGAAUCAAUUACACAGCGACCAAAGGACAUCUCUUCCAAGCCCUCCACGGGGUCAGGUGCUUCGGGACCGAAUGAUGCCAACAUCUGGGAGUACCUAAGGAAGUUUUUGAAGCCCGGCACGCAGAAGCGUAUGCCUGAAGAUGCAGCCAUCCAAAAGCUUUUAGCUCUUCCCCGGCGUCGCGAACUUCCGACCGGCUGGCAAUUUCGACUUCGUACGUACGAAGGUGUUCAUCUGACAACGCUGAUUGCCAUAGUUAUGUACCUCGGCGGCGACGAAUCUCCCAGCAGCCCUUGUAGCGUUAUGGGAUGCAGGGAGAAAACAGAAGGUCUUAAUCUCAACAAUAAAGACUUUAGGACUGGGCGAAGCCGCGACGCUAGGUUUGCUUUUCCUGUAUGCGUCAUGCUCCCCCAGUGCCUCUCAAACUCCGAUACGAUCCACCAUCGGCUUAACAACAAGAUAUGCUGCAAUGCAUACUUCAGGUGGUGCAAAGUGGAAGAGCCUGACAGUGCCCUCGAUAAGAUCUGGACAGCGGAGAAGGAGAUGGGGGCGGCAUCUGCUUGCUCGGAAACAGCGAAGGUCGAGAAUGAUAAAGUGCCCAAUGCCACGGUAAAGUGCAGCCGAGGGAACGACACCAAGAUAAACCGUACCAUGUCGAAAGCAAGACCAUAUGACACCAAGUCGGAUCAUGUCACACCGACCAUCCAACCGAGUCAUCAUUCGGUGCCGCUCUCUGGCUCACGACUGUCUCUACCUAAUGGGACUUCUAUAGCAUCGGCAAAGCACGAGGAGCGGAACAGCAUGAUUUCCAGGCGUUCCAACGAACAUAUUCAACCAUCCAAUGCACGCACGACAGCCAUAUCGACCUUCUCCCAACUUGCAGUCGCGAUGCAACAAACAGUCAGUCCUCGGCGACCGGCACAAGAAGAUUCUUCGCAACCGGCAACAGUUACGAACGCCAGAAAUGAGUUCGAGUCGCAAAGCUCCUCAGCGGAUUCUGACUCAGAUGAAAGUGAAGGGGGUGAUUCGGAAUAUCACUCUCCCAACAAAAGGGAAGCUGCGCAGUCCAAGUGGAAGGGUUCGAAGGAGUGGAUAGAGUGGAAAAGAAAAAUGAAGAAGAGGAAGCUGAGAAGGGCCAAGGACAAGAAGUUGAAGAAGAAUCGACAAGCCAGGCGAGACAACGAGAAGGAAGAAAAUGACAGACAGGUGUCGCUGGCUAGCCAGACGAACCACACCCCCGUUUCCGCGGCGGCAGCUUCUUUUUCUAAUCUUACGGUACAGGAUACAUCCACGACGCCUUCCAGAGCGCAGCAGCAAGGCGGCCCAGAAGAGUCGCAGAAAACGACCGUUUUCAACAUUGCCAAUGGUUCCACACAGCCCAUUGGCUUCAAGGGUGGGCAGUCCCAGCUCAUUCAGGCAUCGAAAAGACAAACUCUGGAGUGCACGGUUUGGGCAGGUAGUGUAAGGAUGAAGAUGAUUGGAGAUGAUGGCAUGUCUAUUACGCGGAGGGUGGACGCGGAAGGGACUUGGACAGUCGGCCCGGACAGUCACUGUUUGGUCAGCAACUUCUUUCCAGCAGCCAAAGAGACUGCUGUGGUCAAUGUUAAGUCUAAGUCUGUGUCGACAAGCAUCGGAUGA